AUGGAGCAGCCGAGAAGCAGACCAUUGGGUUAUGAUGCAAUAAAAAGUUUGCUCAAGUCAAUGAGUGUGGAGAAGAGACAAGAACUCUGUCGCUGCAUUCCAGAACUCCGCACAGCAAAUGCAGUUGUUCCAUAUAGAAUUGAAAAUCUGUCCCUUGGAGAUGACUACAUUGCAAUCAACAGGAAGCUUUGGGGGUUUAAAAAAGUGGAAACAUCCGACGGGAAUGAGGAUUCAGAAAAUAAAGUCAUCGUUUAUUUCAAAAUCAGGCGAUCUAGAGAUAGAAACCGUUUCCAACAACCGAACCAAUCACCGGAAGAUCGGUUUCGGAAACCAAUUCGCUGUCAUCGAUUGAGCAAAUCACCGGAAGACGCAUACAAUCAACUCUUUGACACAUAUCUGAGAAAUGGGACUGUUGUUGACAAGUUGGAACUGAGAAGUGCUUUAGAAUGGCUCGACAAGAAGAACUGUGGCAACUGGAAAAUUGGAGUGUCUAGCAUUGAAAUGGCAUGUUGUGCUGAUACGACCACGAGCUACGAGCGUAUAUCUCGAUUCAUCGACUUCGAACAAUUGACAAACAUGGAGUUCCACCUUAGUAUGUUAUCAGUGAAGCUUCUCGAAAAGCCGGAGGUCAUUAACUGCAAAAAACUAGUACUGAAUACAUCAGGACUGGAUCGUGAAACACAUCUUUUCGAGAAUCAUCUUAUUCAUCUGAGAAACGAGCAUUUGGUAGUGAUUCAUGGUCUAUAUAAUGCCAUCGAACCAUUGGUGAAGGAUUCCAGUUCGGUCACGUAUUCGAUCGAAGAGAUGGAUAAUCUGAAUCUAUCGAGAAGUAGACCAUUAAGUUAUGAUGCGCUGAAAAGUGUGCUCAAGUCGAUGAGUGUUGAGAAGAGGAAACUCUGGGUUUUUGGCAAAUCGAAUUCAGAUGAUGGUGAUUCAAAUCAGACGACGAUCUCGAUUGUCGAUGUUGAUACUGACCAACGUUCUCCAGAUUUUACUGUGAACAAAUCACCUGCUAAUUUCUCAAAUGUUUCGUGUCAUGAGGGUAGAUCAAAAAUUUCCUUGCAGUUCUUACUCGGAGUCUGGGAGACUGUGAAAUGGAAUAUUUCGAGACUUAUAACAACUAAUAAGAUAACACGUUCACUAGACGAGUUUGAUGCGUUUAUUCGAUUUGUGAAUUUGGACAAGUUAGAACGUAUUUCUCUUACACUCUACAAUAAAUCACAUGAACACGGAGGUCGGUUUGGAGUGUUAGAAAAGCCAGCGAUUAUCAACUGCAAGAAUCUCGACUUGACAGUAGUAUUAUCCGUUCCUGAAUCACCAAUCAACUACUUAACUGGCCUCAGAAACCAAUCUCUGGUAUUAAAAGAUAAUAAUUUCAACGUUGAUGAUCUUCUUAUGUUGAUUGAGAACUGGAAAACCUCCGAUCGAACAAUCGGCACCGGUUUCUAUUUAUAUCCAUAUAAUAACGAUACAAACGACAUGAUCAGUUCAUUGAAUCUGGAAGACACUUUUCCCGUUCAAAUUGAACGGUUAGCCGAAUCUCCACGUGACUCAACCACAAUGCAAGGGAUCGGUAUUAAAAUGGACAAUAAUCGGGAUUUGGUAUUGUAUCAUGGUAAACAUCUGAUUGGGAGUUGGUACAAUCAAUCACUGAAAAUGAAAGUGAUUGCGAGUGGAUCGAAGAAGAAUAGGGAUUCCGAGCUACAUGUUUCAGCCUAA